UUUUCAUUCCUUGACGGUUCAGCAGAGCGCCUGCUGCUAUCUCCCGUGACGUGCCUUUAUAGGAGUUAGAGCAAGAAACAGUAGACGACACAAACACCAUGGAGCCGAAGAGUUGGGCCACUCUGGCUUUCCUGGCCAUUCUUCUCUGGAGACCUAUUUGCCCUAGAGAAGAACAAAACAAAGAAAAAAAGAAACAUCACCAACAACAAACAAGGGAUAUCCAGAGUUUUCUGACUGCGAAUAAGACUAUUUUGGUAGUUGAAGGUGGCUUCACAGGUACCAUGAAACCAUGUUGUGGAAACGGAUCUAAAACCACCACAACCGUAAAUCAAACGAUGUCAUUCAACACUACCUCUACUACGCUUCAGCACGAAUGCAAGGAUUGGGGAUUUUGGAUGCGGAAAGUAAAUAAUUCCAAUCUUCUGUACACGUCAAAGACGUACGUGAACAAUGGCAUGGGAUUGUUUCUGUGUGUGAUGGUUGGAAGGAAUUGCAGCAAGACACUGGACUAUGUCAGGAAAAACAUUACAGCUUGCCGUGGGACAUGUCCUCUCAUCGAAAAUAAGACAACCAACUGCAGUGUCUCCUGUUUCAACACCACUACACUUUGCAAUGGAACUGCGUAUAAGCAGGAGUCCUGCAAAGAUCUCUUCUCCGGAGCCAUAAACCAAGAUAAAUUCAUCAUCGACGCAACAGCACCAAAGACUUUGUGUUUCAACUGUAAUGAACCAUUCCAAGACCCUGUGGAACAGUUGUAUCCUACAGCAACGUUUACCACUGAAAAGGGAGUUGACAUCGAUGGUGAAAAGGCUUCGAAGGCCAUGAACGAUAUCUCCUCUCUGGUCAAAGACAUGAAUGAGUCCUCAGCUUCUGUGUUCAUGGGCUCGGUCACUGGGGUCAUAGUGAAGCCCAAAGAGAAGGACAUCGAGGAGGUCUCCUUUGGCUACUCCUCCAGCUCCAGCAUUAAGAUUGUGGAAGAUCGGGGGAAACUGGGUGCCUUUUCUAGGUCUGUAUCAGUCACAAAGGAAGCGUUUGAAAAGGCCUUCAAGUUAACCAACGGCAGUGCAUUUGCCGGCGUUUUCCGAUUCCCCAACAUGUCCAAGGAUGCAAAUAACAGCACAGUUCUGCAUAACGAGGUGGUAGCGAUCGAGAUGGGCACCAUCAUUGCCAAUCUAACCGACCACAUAAAUCUUAAUUUUCGAAAUGUCCAGAAGGGGGGAGCCAUUCCAUCGUGCCAGUCGUGGGACGGUAAAGGAAGUCGACCCAACUGGACAGACGAUGGCUGUUUGACCUUUGUGAAAGGGGACAACAUAACCUGCGAGUGUACACACCUGACUUUCUUUGCUGUGCUAAUGUCCCCUCCGAACCAGACGAUCUCAGACAGUGAUCUGAACUCUCUCACCUACAUCACAUAUGUGGGGUGUGGCAUGUCCAUGUUCUUCCUGGGCGUGGUUCUCUUCAUGCACUUCCUGCUAAGGAAGUCGAAGUCAAACAAAACCACCCGGAUCCUGAUCCAGCUGUUCCUGUCCAUGUUCAUGCUCAACGUCACCUUCCUGUCCAAUGAGUGGGUGGCCAGCCUGAACAGCCCAGUGGCCUGCCAGAUGAUGGCUGCUGCAAUGCACUACUCCAUGCUGUCCACCUUCACCUGGUUCGCCGUGGAGGCCUUCCACCUCGGUCAGCAGCUCUUCAAGUCAGGCGCCAUCACCAUACCACGCUACAUCAUGAAAGUCUGCAUCGCCGGGUGGGUCCUGCCCAGCGUGGUAGUGAUCAUACUCUUCAGUCUGGGGAAAUACGGAAAACAGAGCACCUACACUGACGGAGGGAAGGUGAUGUACACGUGCUGGAUCCUGGAUAUUGACGUGCACUACAUAGUCAACAUCGGCUACUAUGCGCUGGUCUUCCUCUUCACGUUCACCACCUUCAUCGUGGUUCUGCGCUGGCUGUUCUACCUUAAGAGCACCAAGAUCAAGACCAAGCUGGGCAUGGACCAGGCCCAGCAGCAAGGGACAGGCACCAAGGACAUAGUGACGGUGAUGGGGCUGUGCUGUCUGCUGGGAAUCACCUGGAGCUUUGCCUUCUUCGCUCACGGGGUCCUCAAGGUUCCCUCCUACUACAUCUUCACCAUCCUCAACUCAUUCCAAGGUUUCUUUAUGUUCCUCUACUACUACAACACCAGUAGAGUAAUCGGGGAGACCACCAAGGACGACAGAACCAGUAGCAAAUGCUCCACGUUGUCCAACACAGUCCACACCACCCAGGAGAACCCAUACGUUGACCUAGGUCAACGCCACCCAGGAGAACCCAUACGUUGACCUAGGUCAACGCCACCCUUACCAGUCAACUAAUCACCAAUCCUAGACAGUGGAGG